GUGUGUUUAAAAAUGGUAGAGGAGCAGCAGGAAAAGUUGCUGUGAUUGCUCGCUCUAAAAGUGUGCUGCUCAUGAGAUUUAUUGGUAAUAACUUAUUCAUGUUACAUAUAUUUAUUUGAAGUUAAAAUAAGACUACAUGGCUUUUUUGAAAAAAGCGCCAGAAGCAUUUAAAGAACUGCAGAAAGAAGUAAAAACUGAAGAAGAAUGGGAAAGUUUGUUGGAACACAAAGGCUUAUUGGUUGUUGAUGUCUUUGCUGGUUGGUGUGGCCCAUGUAAAGCUAUUGUAAACACAUUUCGUAAAAUAAAAAACGAAACUGGUGAUGAUUUAUUAAGUUUCGCUGUUGCUAAUACAGAUAAUAUUGAAUCACUAGUACAUUACCGUGGAAAGUCCCAGCCCACUUUCUUAUUCUAUGGUGAUGGCCAACUUGUCUAUGCUGUACGUGAUUGUAAUGGACCAUUGUUAAUUAAAUCCAUUGGUAGACUAUUAAAAACUGAACACGAAAUACUAGAAGGAAAUGCUGAAAGAGAAAUAUUUAUCGAUGAAGAAGUUGUAAGUAAGCCAACUGAAACUGAAAAGGAAGAUUCUGAAAAGAAUGAGUUGGAUGAAGAAGAGGAAGAACUAGCUUCAAGUAAACAUUCCAGGACAUCAACUGAAGUUGAUGUUCCGAAAGAAGUGGCAGUUGCAAUUAUAAAACCUGAUGCAGUUAAAGCUGGACUUGUUGAUCAAAUUAUUGAAGAGAUUAAAAAUGCUGGGCUAGAAGUUCUUCGUACAGAGGAACGCGUGUUGACAAGAGAAGAAGCAGCAGAAUUUUACAAACAACAUGAAGGGACCGAUCAUUUUGAGCAGCUCGUCGAUUUCAUGUCAAGUGGUCCUUGUAUGACAAUUGCUGUAACAAAACCUGGUGAAGAUAUCGGUAAAGAUCUCAUACCUGAAUUCAGAAGUUUAAUUGGUCCUGCGGAUGUUAAUAUGGCUAAAGAAGAAGCUCCUGAAAGUUUACGAGCAAAGUUUGGUACAGAUCCACUUCAAAACGCUCUCCAUAGCUGUGACUCUGGAGAAAGCGCUGCCAGGGAGUUAGCUUUUUUCUUCCCUGAUUUUAACCGUCCAGUUGUUACCGAAAAACGAAAGAAAAAAAGACUUCAACGAACAUUGGCUUUGGUUCGACCAAAUGCUUUACGUAACAGGAGAGAGUCGAUUAUUCAAAGUAUAGAAGAAGCUGGCUUCUUAAUCGCAAUGCAAAAAGAAGUUCACCUAACGAGAGAACAGGUGGAAGAAUUUUAUGCAGAACACAAAGAGCAGGACUACUUUGAAAAUCUGGUCUCCAGCAUGACCAGCGGCCCAUCUCUAGCCCUCUGUUUGGCUCGUGAAGAUGCUGUUAAAACCUGGAGAGAUAUGUUAGGGCCUAAAGUUAUUCCCAACACAGCACCUGUGGAUGAAAUAGAAGAAGAAAGAAGUGAAGAAGAGGAAACUAAGAAUGAAAAAGAAGUGAAUGAAACAGAUCUUCAACACUCCUCCAAAACGACUGAAGAAGAAGAAAAAAAAGAAGAAGAAGAAGAAGAAGAUAAGGAAGUCAAAUCAACUGAAGCAGGUGACCAAACUGAAGCAGGUGACCAAACUGAAGCAGGUGACCAAACUGAAGCAGGUGACCACACUAAAACUCUUGCACGAAAACCAUCCAAAGUAAGUUUACGUGUUAAAUUUGCCGAUCCUGACGAUAACAUAAAUCCCCUUCAUGGAGCGGAGUCAGAAGAUCAGGUCGAUAGAGAAAUGAAGAUUUUGUUUCCGAUGGAAACUACAGUGGCUGUUAUUAAACCUGACGUGUAUGAGAAAGAAGAGGAAAGGGAGGCGAUUAUAAGAAAGAUCAAGGAGUCUGGCUUUAAAAUUUCCGCUCAAAAGGAAGUAAAUUUAACUAAAGAAUUAGCUUCAGUGUUUUAUAAAGAGCAUGACGGAAAAGAGUUUUUUAAUAAACUUACUGACUACAUGAGCAGUGGACCUACGCAAUUUUUGAUCUUAUCACGAGAAGAUGCAGUGCAUGGCUUCAGAACAUUAAUGGGACCUGCCAAACCGGAAGAAGCCAAAGAAGUCGACCCUAAUUCUUUGCGCGCACAGUUUGCGAAAGAUGAAUUGAUGAAUGCUAUCCAUGGAACUUCGAGUAAAACUAAAGCUGUGGAAAUAAUAUCUGAAUUUUUCCCCGAUGUGCAAUUGGAUGAAAACGGAUUAGUCAUAGAAUCCAAAUCGGAAAACCCAUCUGCGGAAGAUGGCGCCAUAUUGGAAACAGCUGAAGGAGAUGGAAUAGCAUCCGAAUCUGUACCAGAUUCAGGAGUUGAAGCUACGUCUGUAGCAACCAAAGAAGCUGAAGAUAGCGCUGCACCUGCAAAAACAGAGGAUGUAUCUCCAAUCGGAAACGGUGUCACUGCUAGCAGUGAAGAUCAAGAAGCUGCUCCGGAAGGUGAAGCUACAAAGAAUUCAGAAAAAACCGAUACUGACGCUACUACUCGCCCUGAAGCUGGUGACUCCGCCAAAGAAGUAGCUUCUCCUGACGAAGUUGAAACUUCGCUACCCACAGGUACCCCUCCACCUAAUAAAACAAGUGCAGCACCUGAAGAUAUAGAGGCUGACGCAUCCACUGAUGACACAAGCAAUAAUAAACAAGAAUCCAAGGAAGAAAAGAGUGAAGAGACCAGUCAGGUAGACUCAACUGCACCAGAAGUAGAAGGUCAAAUUGAAAACAGUGAAACACCUGGGGAAGAAUCGAGAACUGAGUCUACUAGUGAAGACAAAGAUGCCACUACAGCCGACGAGAGUAGUCGGGAAUCAACACAAGUUUCGGAAGAAGAUAAAACUGGUACCGAGGUGUCAGUAACAGAAGCAAGUGCGACCGAAAAUACGGCAGCUGAGACAACUGCUGAUGAAACCACCACAAGUGAUGAGACAACAACAGACGCAGAGACUAGUCGCGAACCAACUGAAAUAAAAUCAGAACCGGAAACUACCGAAGGAUCUGAUACUACGUGAAGUUGUUUUGUAUAAUUAAAUUAAAAAUGAUUUUUUUUUUUUUUAAUUCUGGGGACCGAUGUAUAAAACGAAAAAAUUUGGGGUACUAUGCAUCAAAUAAAUGGUAUUCAUAUGGCUUUAUAUUGCAA